AUGAAUAUUCACCAUUCAAAUAUUCUUAAGGUUAAUGACUUUUUUAUUAGUAAGGAUCAAUUGUUGUGUAUUGAUAUGGACUUUUAUGAAUUGGGAGAUUUGGUUCAAUUGACCAAAGAUGAUUCUACAUGUUCAGAACAGAUAUUAUUGCAAAUCAUUUUCCAAAUGUGUAGCGCUCUUGAUUAUAUUCACAGCUCAAUGAAACUCAUCCACAGAGAUAUCAAACCAUCCAAUAUUUUUGUAAAGAGUUUAGAUAAGGAUAAUAUUGAAAUAGUUAUUGCAGAUUUUGGAUUGGCCAAAGCAAAUCAAGGUUCUACCAAUAAUUCAUAUGCUGGCACUCCUCUAUUCAUGUCACCUGAAUUGGGAUAUGGUGGCAAGUAUUUCUAUAACACUGAUAUUUACAGUUUAGGUGUAACUAUUUAUCAAAUAAUAACUAAGGACACUUUUACAUCAAUUAGUCAACUCUAUGUCACUAAGGAUCAAAAGGAAGUUUCACAAUUAUUAAAGAAGAAAAUGGAAGAGCCUGGUCAAUAUUCUCAAUAUAUCAUUGACUUGACUUUAUCAAUGUUGGAAAAGGACAGUGCCAUCAGACCUCAAGCACAGGAUAUUUUGAAUAAUUCAGUUUUUGACCAAUUAAGAAGAAGGAGAAGAUGAUCUAAUUAAAAAUUAUCUUUUC